GGAGUUGCUGUGUUAACUAGCCCCAGCAAAAAUGGCAGUGUUCUUACAGUGGAGAAAAUUCGUUUUCUUUGAUAAAGACACGGUGAAGGAUCCAGUGGAUAAUGGGAAAAAGUUUGGUCUUCCAAGCAACAUAUCGACCUGUGACUCCGGCAGGGGUCAUAUCGUUCUCGGAGAUAUGGAAGGCAAGAUCUGGCUUUUGACACGCUCCUUGCAAUUGGCAUCUUUUCAUGCCUACAAGUUGCGUGUAACACACCUCUUCCAGCUAAAGCAGCACAGCAUUCUAGUGUCAGUGGGGCAGGAUGAACAGGGAAUAAACCCUCUGGUCAAAGUCUGGAACCUAGAUAAGAGAGACAGUGGGAACCCUCUCUGCACUAGGAUUUUUCCUGCAAUUCCUGGUAACAAACCAACAGAAGUGUCUUGCCUCAGUGUCCAUGAGAACCUAAACUUUAUGGCCAUUGGCUUCACAGAUGGUAGUGUCGUUUUGACCAAGGGUGACAUCACAAGAGAUCGCCACAGUAAAACCCUGACACUACAUGAGGGAACCAGUCCAGUUACAGGCCUUGCCUUUCGCCAAGUGGCAAAGGUCACACAUUUGUUUGUGGCCACUCUGGAGAAAGUCUAUUGCUACACUUUGUCCAUCAAGGAGUAUCCUAAAGUGGAACUCGACACACAUGGCUGUGGCCUGCGCUGCUCUGCCCUCUCAGAUCCCUCGCAGGAUUCACAGUUCAUUGUUGCUGGUGAUGAAUGUGUGUACCUCUAUCAGCCUGAUGAACGAGGGCCCUGCUUUGCCUUUGAUGGACUCAAGCUGUUGGCCCACUGGCACCGUGGCUAUCUCUUCUUACUUAUCAGGGAUGCAAAGUCACCAAACAAGACAGGGUUUGGGAGCAGAGAGAGCUCUCCAUCAGAUAAACAGCUUCUGACCAUCUAUGACCUCGACAACAAGUUCAUUGCCUACAGUGCCUCUUUUGAUGACGUUAUUGAUGUGGUGGCGGAAUGGGGUUCUUUCUACAUCCUCAGCAGAGAUGGAAACAUGUUUGUUCUUCAGGAGAAAGACACACAGACUAAAUUAGAGAUGUUGUUUAAGAAGAACCUGUUUGUGAUGGCUAUAAACCUUGCUAAGAGUCAACACCUGGACACUGAUGGACUAUCGGAGAUCUUCAGACAGUAUGGUGAUCACCUUUACCUGAAGGGGGACCAUGAUGGUGCCAUCCAGCAGUACAUUCGGACUAUUGGGAAACUGGAGCCGUCUUACGUCAUCAGGAAAUUCCUGGAUGCACAGAGGAUCCAUAACCUGACUGCAUAUCUACAAGCUUUGCAUAGGCAGUCACUAGCCAAUGCUGACCACACCACCCUGCUGCUGAACUGUUACACCAAGCUGAAAGACAGCAAUAAGCUUGAGGAUUUCAUCAAGAGCAGUUUAAGUGAGGUCCACUUUGAUGUUGAGACUGCAAUCAAAGUUCUUCGGCAAGCUGGCUACCGCAGUCAUGCUGUUUUCCUUGCUGAGAAACACAUGCACCAUGAGUGGUACUUGAAGAUCCAGCUGGAAGAUCUCAAGAACUACCAGGAGGCACUCCGUUACAUUGGACGUUUGCCUUUUGACCAAGCUGAGAGCAACAUGAAGCAUUAUGGAAAGACGCUGAUGCACCAUGUUCCUGAUGGGACCACUUGGCUCUUGAAGGGCUUAUGCACCAAUUACCAGCCCAGUGGAGAAACGGCUGAAAAAGACAACCAAGAUAAAAGUCUGGUUCAUAAGGCCAACUCUGAGGAGUUCAUCCCAGUUUUUGCAAACAACCCUCGAGAACUGAAAGCCUUCCUGGAGCACAUGAUUGAGGUGGAUCCCAGUUCUCCUCAGGGUGUUUAUGAUACACUGCUGGAGCUCCGACUGCAAGACUGGGCACAUGAGCAGGAUCGUGAGAGGAAAAAAGUCCUGCAGGAGGCAGCACUGUCACUGCUGAGGAGUGACCACACUGUGUUUGACAAAGCCCUGGUCCUCUGCCAGAUGCACAACUUCAAAGAAGGUGUCCUCUACCUUUACGAGAAGGGAAAACUGUAUCAACAGAUUAUGCACUACCACAUGCAGAAUGAGGAGUACAGAAAGGUGGUGGAUGCCUGCAAACGUCACGGAGACAAAGAGGCUUGUCUUUGGGAGCAGGCGCUGGGAUAUUUUGCCAGGAAAGAAGAGGACUGCAAAGCCUACAUCAGUGAAGUUCUGCAACACAUUGACCAAAAGAACCUCAUGCCUCCUUUACUUGUGGUGCAAACUUUGGCACACAACUCAACAGCAACACUCUCCGUCAUCAAGGAUUAUCUCAUCAAUAAGCUGCAGAGAGAGAGCAAGCAGAUUGAGGGCGAUGAAAAUAAAAUACGUCAGUACCGGGAGGAAACGGCAAAACUACGCACUGAGAUUCAAGAGCUCAAAACCAGUGCCAAGAUUUUCCAGAAGACAAAAUGUAACCUGUGCAACAGCCCACUGGAGCUGCCCUCUGUGCACUUUCUGUGCAGCCACUCCUUCCAUCAGCACUGCUUCGAAAGCUACGCCGAGAGCGAGGCCGAGUGUCCAACCUGCACUCCGGAGAACCGUAAAGUCAAAGACAUGCUGCGAGCCCAGGACCAGAAACGUGACCUGCAUGACCACUUUCACACGCAGUUACAAAACUCUAAUGACGGCUUCUCAGUUGUGGCUGACUAUUUUGGGCGAGGAGUUUUUAACAAACUAACCCUAGUCACCGACCCACCUGGAAGCAAAACAGUUGGAAGUCUUGAAGUCAACCUGCAGAGAGAUCUUCUCAUCCACAUCAAGAGGAACAACUAGCUCUGACACCGACCUGAGGAGGCACUUCUCCGGCUUCUCUUCGGUGCAGGUUCAUCACCACAUGGCUUGUGAGACAAAAUGUCAAUUUAUUUUGCAGAAAACACACUUUUGCCUGGUUUUCGCAUUUGAUGGGGAUGUGUUUACAUAAAUGCUGAAAGCAUAUGUAAAAUGUCCUUUAGGUUCAGUCAAGAAUUACUGUGUUUUAAAUGUUGCCGAAUCACUCCUUCAUGAAUAUUUGCUUUAGUGUUGGCUAAUGCUCAAAAUGUAAUCUUGCACAUGAAAAAAAAAGUCAUUAAUUUAUUCAAUGCCUUUGAUUCUAGCUUGAAAAAUAAACUUGAGUCAUGACCAUCA